AUGUCGAAGCCUGAGAGGCCCUUGCUAAUAUUAUAUGGAAGUCAAACCGGGACGGCCAUGGAAGUGGCUAAGAGGAUUUAUCGGGAGGCCAGACGGCUUCAUUUCCAGGCCCAGGUCUUGGCCAUGGACGAGUACCACAUUCCGGGCCUAAUCCAAGAACCAUUGGUUGUAUUCGUGUGCUCCACCACUGGCCAGGGCGAUGUGCCGGACAACAUGAAACAGUUCUGGCGAUUCCUUUUACAAAGGAAAUUGUCCCCACAUUCCCUGGCCCGGAUGAAAUAUGGCGUGUUGGGCUUGGGUGAUUCGUCCUAUGAAAAAUUCAACUUUGUGGGUAAAAAGCUGCAUACCCGACUGGCUCAAAUUGGCGGGAUCCCACUCCAAAAAGUGGGUUUGGGUGAUGACCAACACGAUUUGGGACCAGAUGCUGCCGUGGAUCCGUGGUUGGAAAUGUUUUGGAAGAAAGCCUUGGAAAUUUACCCCUUGCCCCAUGGGCUAGAACCAAUUCCUAAGUCAGUCAAACCUGAAGCCGGGUACACAGUUUCCUUGGGAGCAGAGGCCGUUUUCCAAGAGCAACUAGCCUCCAAUUAUGAGCGUUUUGACCACUUGAACCCGUUUAGGGCAUUAGUCACACAGAAUGUGAGGCAAACUUCGGCUGAGCACUUCCAAGACACGAGACUCAUUGAAUUUGAUAUUGCUGAGAGUGGCUUGACUUAUGAUCCCGGCGAUGUGUGUAUGAUCCAGCCGUCCAAUUUGACGGAGAACAUCGAGCUCUUCUUUGAGCUAUUUCCUUACUUAGAUCCCAAUGAGAGGAUCUCGCUUCAACCCAAUGAUCCCAAUCUCAAAUUGCCACCCAGUCAUCUUCUCCCACCAGGGUCCACAAUCAGGGAUUGCGUGGUCCAUUUUUGGGACCUCCAAUCCAUACCGAAUCGCUAUUUCUUCGAGUUGCUCUCGCACUUCACCACUGAUGAGACGGAAAAAGAGAAGCUCGUAGAGUUUAACACGGCUGAAGGUCAGCAAGACUUGUUCGACUAUUGCAAUCGACCUCGACGUAACAUUUUGGAGGUUCUCUACGACUUUCGAUUCACCACUCCCAAUAUUCCCUUGGAAUACCUCUUCGAUAUUUUCCCCAUCAUCAAAGCCAGAGCCUUUUCCAUCGCCAGUUCCAAUAAGCUUAUGCCCGACCGCAUCCAAGUCCUCGUAGCUGUGGUUGAAUACAAAUCUAAAUUGGCCAAGCCAAGACUUGGGUUGUGCUCGAAUUGGUUAUCUAGAAUGUCUAUGGGACGAAAAGUGCCUCUUUGGAUCAAAAAAGGGACCUUCACGUUCCCCACCCAAGGGCCAUUGGUUAUGGUGGGACCGGGUACGGGCGUGGCACCUUUCCGAUCAUUUAUUACCGAAAGCCUUUUUCUCCACCCUCAACGACAAUUGUUCCUGUUCUUUGGAUGUCGAGGCUCUCAAACCGAUUACUAUUUCAAACAAGAAUGGACUGACCUCACGGAGAGACACCCAAGUUUGAAGGUUAUUACGGCCUUCAGUCGAGAUCAGGAGGAUAAGGUGUAUGUUCAACAUCGCAUAGAAGAGCAAGGACAACUCGUGUCUGAUUUGAUCUUGAACCACCAGGGGAGCUUCUUCAUUGCUGGAAAUGCUAAGCAGAUGCCAGAUCAAGUCACGGCUGCUCUAAAAGCAGCACUAAGCAAAUUUGGAUCCCUUUCAGAGUUCGAUGCCGACUUACUAGUUCGAAGAAUGAUCUUGGACAAACGAUAUCAAACUGAAACAUGGUCAUAGAACAAAUUCGAGAUAUAAAUGCUCAUGUAAGCAGAUAGAGGUUAUUACUGAAAUGAAUAUGUUGGAGUUUCGAGUGUGCUA